AUGUUACGCUUGCAGACCGCCAGGUCCACCAGGUCCACCAGGUUAGCCCAAGGAGACCCGGACCGCCAGGCCCUCCAGUCUCGAUCAUCCUUCUUCUGUCAAAAUGUCAUGAAAUUGAGUUUUCAACUUCCUACAUUUCGCUGCUCAAGUCACGGAAUGAAUUCAAAUGAACUUGUGACUAACUUUCCGCCUCUUGCCAAUCGAACUAAUCAUUUGCAUGAUAAUCAUAACUUAGAGGAUUUAGCUAAAAAGAAAAAGAAAAGUUCACGCAUGCGAGACCGCCAGGACCCACACGACCCGGACCACCAGGUGAUUAUUGUUCAGAGUUUCAUAUGUUUGGGUUUUUCUUUGUCUACUGUUUGGUUGGUUUCUGUAGAUAUUUAA